AUGGACACCACUCAAUAUGUUAAUGAGAUAAGAAGGCAAUUGAGCGAGCCUGGCGUCUACGAGCCAUUGGCCAGGGACCCCAGGUUCGACAUUGCAAGGAAAAUUGAUGCACAUUUGACUGUGGCGAUGCAGAGUGGCAUUAUUGAUAGACAACUUAAGGAGUUUUUGGUGGUGAAGUCCCCGGUUACACCCACGAUAUAUGCAUUGCCAAAGAUACAUAAAAGGUUGGUUGACCCUCCAGGUCGGCCGAUAAUCUCGGAGACAUAUGUGAGGGGCGAUGAGCAGAGUAUAGAGGACAUUCCUACAGAUAACCGCCCAGAUGACUGUACGAGGAACUCAGAGAAACAUCUGGUAUCUUCAGAUUUUGAAGUAGAUGAUUGUGGUAUCACACGAGAUACAUUUGAAGAGCAUGCCAAUAAGCAAGCUAUACCCUCAUCCAAUCAAAGCAACAAUGCAUCAUUUGAUUAUUUUAAACAAGUCCGAUCUUCUAAUUCAUCACAGACUGUAACACAGAAUAAAAGUCACAGAAGAGGUGCUAAACAUCAAACAGCUCAUGUAAGAGGAAAGACAUUUUCAUGUUCAGAAUGUGAAAAAUGUUUUAGAUUUAAAUCAGCUCUUGUUAUACAUCAGAGAAAUCACACAGGAGAGAAGCCAUUUUCAUGUUCAGAAUGUGGGAAAUGUUUUAACCAUAAAUCAGAUCUUGAUACACAUCAAAGAGUUCACACAGAAGUGAAGCCAUUUUCAUGUUCAGAAUGUGGGAAAUGUUUUAAACUUAAAUCAGAUCUUGAUACACAUCAGAGAGUUCACACAGGAGAGAAGCCAUUUUCAUGUUCAGAAUGUGGAAAAUGUUUUAGGAUCUAUGCUUAUCUUGUUAGACAUCAGAGAAAUCACACAGGAGAGAAGCCAUUUUCAUGUUCAGAAUGUGGAAAAUGUUUUAACAGUAAAUCAAAUCUUGAUAUACAUCAGAGAGUUCACACAGGAGAGAAGCCAUUUUUAUGUUCAGAAUGUGGGAAAUGUUUUAAGCAGAAAUCCUAUCUUGUUAUACAUCACAGAUAUCACACAGGAGAGAAGCCAUUUUCAUGUUCAGAAUGUGGGAAAUGUUUUAAAAGUAAAUCACAUCUUGAUACACAUCAGAGAGUUCACACAGGAGAGAAGCCAUUUUCAUGUUCAGAAUGUGGGAAAUGUUUUAACCGUAAAUCCAAUCUUGUUAUGCAUCAGAGAAAUCACACAGGAGAGAAGCUUUUUUCAUGUUCAGAAUGUGGGAAAUGUUUUAACCAUAAAUCAGUUUUUGUGAUUCAUCAGAGAAAUCACACAGGAGAGAAGCCAUUUUCAUGUUCAGAAUGUGGGAAAUGUUUUAAAUGUAAAUCAGAUCUUGAUACACAUCAGAGAGUUCACACAGGAGAGAAGCCAUUUUCAUGUUCAGAAUGUGGGAAAUGUUUUAACCGUAAAUCCAAUCUUGUUAUGCAUCAGAGAAAUCACACAGGAGAGAAGCUAUUUUCAUGUUCAGAAUGUGGGAAAUGUUUUAACCAUAAAUCAGUUUUUGUGAUACAUCAGAGAAAUCACACAGGGGAGAAGCCAUUUUCAUGUUCAGAAUGUGGGAAAUGUUUUAAACGUAAAUCCUAUCUUGUUAUGCAUCAGAGAAAUCACACAGGAGAGAAGCCAUUUUCAUGUUCAGAUUGUGGGAAAUGUUUUAACCAGAAAUCCUAUCUUGUGAUACAUCAGAGAAAUCACACAGGGGAGAAGCCAUUUUCAUGUUCAGAAUGUGGGAAAUGUUUUAACCGUAAAUCAAAACUUGUUAUGCAUCAGAGAAAUCACACAGGAGAGAAGCCAUUUUCAUGUUCAGAAUGUGGGAAAUGUUUUAACCAGAAAUCAGAUCUUGAUAAACAUCGGAGAGUUCACACAGGAGAGAAGCCAUUUUCAUGUUCAGAAUGUGGGAAAUGUUUUAACCAGAAAUCAGCUCUUGAUAAACAUCGGAGAGUUCACACAGGAGAGAAGCCAUUUUAAUGUUCAGAAUGUGGGAAAUAUUUUUUGUUUUUUUUUAACAAUUUUUAUUUCGGAAAGAUGAGCAAUGUACAGUCAAUACAUCACAUGUAUUACUCGUGCACGCAGGCAUGAGCGACAAAGGUAAAAUUAAAGCACAUUGGACACAUAUGAAGAUAUUUCCGAAUUUUCCAUUUUCUUUUAUAGAGUCCCCCCCAGAUAAUAAACAGACCCCCCCCCCCCCAACUGUUUCCCAACUUACAAUGUCAUGACAAUGUAUCUCAGAAGUACUCUCGGGCAAUUUACUUCCAAGUCAUUAUAGCAUAAAGUACUGAACGGUGCCAUAUAUUAACGUCCCCCACUUUUAGGCCCUAGAUUACCUCUAAUCCGUCUAACGUCCCCUUCAAUUUCCCUUCUAGGUACCAUCGUGUGUGCACGAAGGGCAUGACUACCUCUGUUUUUUCUUCUAUUGUCAGCGAAUACACAAUAAACUUUUUCCAUGUACUGAAAAAUUGUUUUGCAGACCUUUCUUUGCUAUGUUCCACCUCCAGUCUGUCUAAGUACAUAAUAUAUUUCAUCGCCUCCUGAAGUGUGGGAACCGUGGGGUGGAUCCAGUGCCUGAGUAUGGUCUUUGUAACUGCCAGAAGGAACAAAUGGAUGCCCUUAACUUGAGUUGAGUGGGAUAUUUCGCCUUUGUCAUCUAGUGGUAUGUAGUGGAAAAUGCAGUGUAGCAGGUUAGCAGGUUAGCUUUUUGCUGUAGGCAUUUGGGGCACCAUCUCAAGUAGUGCGCUGGUGCAUCCCUAUAGGUCAGAUCAAAGGCGUACGUUGCCUUGUGUAGUAUCCUAAAGUGCAUCUUGUCACGGAUGAACCGCGAGAAACCGCAAGAUAUCCGGAAAUAAAACGCAGUCAAUCGUUUUUUGGAUUGUCGCAUCUAGGAAUUACAAUUCCUGAUGCCCAGCAGAUAACGCAAUAAAAAUAAAUUCAAUUCCUGUAAUUACAGCUAGUCUCCCUAAUUAACCCUACACAAAGAACUUCCUUGCUGCAGAAAUCUCACAGCUAGGUGCGAACCGACACCUGACAAGAACAUUUGGUCUGUCACUGAUAGAGGGCCUGCAAGUCAGACUUUCUGGCACCAAUGGAAAAUGAAUAGGUCAUAUGAUUUUGACCCCUUUGUACGAAUAUCAUCCAUAGGAUAGAUAUGUAAAGUAUAUCAUUUUGUUGGUCAGGAUCCACUGAGUAUUCUGAUGUAAAACAUAAACCGCUGGGAUAAGCCACAUCCAGGUUAUUAAACAUCUCCGUAACCGAAUAUGAUAUAGUUCUCAUGUAUAGUGUCAAUGAGAUCGAUAUUUUCAGAGGAUUGUAAAUCUGUCAUUAUUAGUUGUGUGCGACGGACGUGUGCUGCGAUAUGAAAAUGUCAUAUUUUUGGGAUUUGAACUUCCCUCCGAAUAACAGCACCAGCCUGAGAUCCCGCCCUAACAGCUGGACCCUUCAUAAGGCCAUGAGUGAAAUCUAAUGGGAGUCCUCCCUUGUGCAAUAUCAUCUGAAGAAGCCAGCCACGAGGACCAAGGUGGGCUGGCAGCCAUAUUUACCGGACUUUUUAUUCUGGAACAAACAGACUUUCUUGGACUUUCCACAAAGGAUAUUCGUCUUCUGAAACUAAGUAUUCCCUUUCAUCUGUUUUCCCUUUUUAUUUUACACUGGACAAUCCUUCCCUAUCAUUGUUAUUUUUAAUAAUUUCUGUAUAUGUUAAUCAUUUGUAUUGUAUGUAUAAUAAAUGACGUUAAAGUCAUUUUCUUCAGCCUCAUACCUGCUCUGAGCACCGCAGAACGAAUCCUAGCCGUUUCUGAAGAGUCGCUACCCGGAUAGUUGUCGUGUUUAGUCAAGGGUUUCCCUUGCCCUGUUACAAGGGAUGGUGG